AACGGGAGGAAGGCUGGGGAACGGGAGGUGAGCCUAUCGCGAGGGUUCCCGUCCUCCGCAGCUCCCCGCUUUUAUUUCCAACACCAUUUCCUCGCCUUCCAUCUCAUGCCACUCUGCUCCGAUACUGUACCUGCUGACGCUGCCACAGUUCGCUGCCUCGCGGGUGCGACUUACCCCGGUGCCCGAGACACCGCCCCUGGCGUCGAGCGCUUCUCUUGACUUGAUAUUUAGACCCCAUCUCUUAUAUUAUCCACGCUCCUUCUCGUUUUUGGUCUGGGUUUCUUGGUGGCCCGGCACUGGCCAAUGGAGACGGCGGCGGUGGUGGUAACGGAUGCUCCGCCUCCACCGGCUCCGCGGUCGCCGCCGGGUUACCCGGACCUGUGCGGGCGGCACCGGUUGCAGGUGGAGGUCCAGAUAUUGAACCGGGAGAUCGGAUUUCUGGAGGAGGAGUUGCAAUCACUUGAAGGACUUCAGUCUGUCUCUGGAUGCUGCAAAGAGGUCAAUGAAUAUGUGGGUUCUCAACCGGAUCCAUUAAUUCCCCUAACUAAGAAGAGACGCAAAUCCUGCUGCAUUUGGAGGUGGCUCUGGGCAAAACUUUGUUUCAACAUUUCAUGGAUUUGCUGCUGCUGUGGGUGCCCAUGCCGGCAGAGAAGACCAAUUUGCACUUGUAAGCAUUUAAAAAACUGCUGCUGCUGCCGCCGCUGCCGCUGCCACUGCUGCCGAUGUGGAUGCCCGAACAGAAAUUGUUCGAAGGCCACUUGUUGCAGACCACGUUGCAGGCUUCGAAACCUCUCAUGCCCUGAAUGUUCUUGUGGCUGUGUUUGGUCUUGCUCAAAAUUCACAGAGAUAUGCCUUUGCCCUAAAUGCAGCAGUACGUGUUGCAUGAGCUGAUGUCUAUGUGAAUAGAGGCUCCUUCUUGUACUUCUUUCUCAACUAAUUUAUCUACUUACAAUAUAGUUCUACUGGAAUUCUGAAUAAUGAUAUGGAAUCAUAAAUAUCGUCUAUUCUCCA